ACAGAAAGCCUGACUCAGGCAGCUGCUGCUAUUAAAGCAGCUCCAGCCCUGCACACUCCCUGCUGGGUGAGCGCACUGUAAAGAUGAAGCUGGCUAACUGGUACUGGCUGAGCUCAGCUGUCCUUGCCACUUACGGUGUUUUGGUUGUGGCAAACAAUGAAACAGAGGAAAUGAAGGAUGAAAGAGCAAGGGACCUUUGCCCAGUGAGACUAGAAGGCAGAGGGAAAUGCGAUGAGGCAGGGGAGUGCCCCUACCAGGUAAGCCUGCCCCCCUUGACGAUUCAGCUCCCGAAGCAAUUCAGCAGGAUCGAGGAAGUGUUCAAAGAAGUCCAGAACCUCAAGGAAAUCGUAAAGAGUCUAAAGAAAUCUUGCCAAGACUGCAAGCUGCAAGCUGACGACAACGGAGACCCGAGCAGAAACGGACAGCUGUUACCCAGUACAGGAGCCCCGGGAGAGGUUGGUGAUAACAGAGUUAGAGAAUUAGAGAGUGAGGUUAACAAGCUGUCCUCUGAGCUAAAGAAUGCCAAAGAGGAGAUCAAUGUACUUCAUGAUCGCCUGGAGAAGCUGAAUCUUGUAAAUAUGAACAACAUAGAAAAUUAUGUUGACAGCAAAGUGGCAAAUCUAACAUUUGUCGUCAAUAGUUUGGAUGGCAAAUGUUCAAAGUGUCCCAGCCAAGAACAAAUACAGUCACGUCCAGUUCAGCAUCUAAUAUAUAAAGAUUGCUCUGACUACUAUGCAAUAGGCAAAAGAAGCAGUGAGACCUACAGAGUUACGCCUGAUCCCAAAAAUCGUAGCUUUGAAGUUUACUGUGACAUGGAGACCAUGGGGGGAGGCUGGACAGUGCUGCAGACACGUCUCGAUGGAAGCACCAACUUCACCAGAACGUGGGACGACUACAAAGUAGGCUUUGGAAACCUCAGAAGGGAAUUUUGGCUGGGGAACGAUAAAAUUCAUCUUCUGACCAAGAGUAAGGAAAUGAUUCUGAGAAUAGAUCUUGAAGACUUUAAUGGUGUCAAACUAUAUGCCUUGUACGAUCAGUUUUACGUGGCUAAUGAGUUUCUCAAAUACCGUUUACACGUUGGUAACUAUAAUGGCACAGCCGGAGAUGCUUUAUGUUUCAGCAAACAUUACAACCACAAUCUGAAGUUUUUCACCACCCCAGAUAAAGACAAUGAUCGAUAUCCUUCCGGGAACUGUGGGCUGUAUUACAGCUCAGGCUGGUGGUUUGAUGCAUGUCUUUCUGCAAACUUAAAUGGCAAGUAUUAUCAUCAAAAAUACAGAGGUGUCCGUAAUGGGAUUUUCUGGGGCACCUGGCCUGGUGUAAGUGAGGCACAACCUGGUGGCUACAAGUCCUCCUUCAAAGAGGCUAAAAUGAUGAUCAGACCCAAGCACUUUAAACCAUAAAUCAUUCUGUUCAUUCCUUCAGGUAUUUGUAUCUAAUAGGGCAACUAAUUCCUUCAGCACUUUAGAAUAUGCCUUGUUUCAUAUUUUUCAUAGCUAAAAAAUGAUGUGUGACUGCUAGGUUCUUAUGCCACACAGAAUUUGAAAUAAAGCUGAAAAAUAAUACAUUUUAAAGGAACCCUUUGCUGUUAUGCUGUUAUCCAAUGAACACUUGCAAGCAACUAGGAUUACUGAGAUUACACAUAACAUUUAUACUUCUUUUAAUUUCUAUUAAUUGAAAAGUUUUCUAUUGCUUAUUGCUUGUAUUACUUGCUAUAUUUAGAAAAUAAUUGUUGGUUGGGCGCAGUAGCUUAUGCCUGUAAUCCCAGCAUUUUGGAAGGCCAAGGCAGGCAGAUCACUUGAGGUUAGGAGUUUGAGACCAGCCUGGUCAACAUGAUGAAAUGCUCUAUUAAAAAUACAAAAAUUAGCCAGGCAUGGUGGUACAUGCCUGUAAUCCCAGCUACUCGAGAGACUGAAGCAGGAGAAUCGCUUGAACCCAGGAGGCAGAGAUUGCAGUGAGCUUAGACCACGCCACUGCACUCCAGGGUGGUCAACAGAGCACAACUCUGUCUCAAACAAAAUGAUAAUAAUAAUAGGCUUAUUCCGUAGGCUAGGUUCUAUACAAAGUAAUCUGUAUUUGGGCCAUGACUUGAACACAUCUGAAGGUAUACCACUCUUUGCAGGCUAUAAUUAUUUGGGUAAUCUUCAUUCUGAGAUAAACUUACUCAAUUUAUAGCAUUUACUUUGCAGCAGAAAGACCCUAUAGCAUUUUAGUUCCCAGACUAAGGGAACUAAUAUAUGUAAUUAAACUUGUUCAUCUAUCAUUCAUGAAAUGUAAAGUAUUUGUCAUUCAAACCGUCUUAAAAUGUGGUAGCAUAAUGUCACUCCAAAAAGCUUUCAGAUAGCGAUGUGACUGUAAAGACCAGAGUUUAAAGGUAAUUCAUUUACAGUUUAUAACUCCCUAGAUGUUUGAUGUUGAAAACUGCUUUAACAUGAAAGUUAUCUUCCUCUGCUCUGUGUGAACAAUAGCUUUUAAUUUAAGAUUGCUCACUACUGUACUAGACUACUGGUAGGUUUUCUUUUCAGGGAGCAGGGGCACAUAGGGAAAGAAGCAUUUACUUAUAAGGCUAUAAUACUUUGAGGCCAAUUUUAUAUUCAAAGUGAUAAUGUCAUUAAGUGAUUCAUUUCAUAGAAGGCUAAGUUUUUCUAGGACAAAUAGAAAAUGUGAAUUUUGAAAUAUAUAGAGCAGUAGUCCAAAUACUAUGUAUUUCAACCUUAACUUGUGGAUUGCUUAUUUUACUAUCAGAAAUUAAAAGAUAGAUUUUUUUUUUACCCAAGCAAAAGUAUCUGUAAUUAUUAUGAUUCAUUCACUAAUUCUGGAAUGCUAUAUAUAGUAUUUUAAAAACUUUGAAAAUGUGUUAAAUUCAUCAUUACAGAAAGGGAUCAUUUCAGAGAGAACAGCAAUAUUCUGCCUAUUUAAACAAAGGCUCUAGAGUAACAUUUGAAGUAAUUCACUGUAGUGUAUGCUAGUUCUAGCAAUUAAUUUUUUAGUUUCUGGUGUCCAUUUCUAAUACACUAACCAAGUUUUCAAAAUAUACUACAAAGAUUGAUCUAUUAUUUGAAAAAUGAUGAAGGUGGAUACUUGCUUCAGGUAACAAGGUAGUUUUCAAAUAUUAGGCCCUUACAGAAAUAUUUAGUCAAAAAGAAGCAAGAUAUUCCUUUAAAAUAACUUUAUGGGUUUAUAACUUUAACCCAAAGUUUUCAGUUAAACAUGAUGAAAAUUAUCAAAAAUAUUAUUAAAAUCUUAAAGCAAGAGAAAUGCAAAUAGCAUUAAAUGAUGACCAAAAUGUAAAAUACUGUAUAUUUCAAAAGCUGUGUAUCUAUUAGAUGGUAUACCAAAUGUAAAUGACGUAACUGAUUUUAUUUUUUUACUUCUGCUUUUUAAAAAAACUGAAAACAUUUUGACAUCAUACAAUGUAUUUGUUUCAGAUAAGGUCAUUUUCAUUUAGUAUAAUUAAUAUAUGUAUAAGUUUAAGUAAAUUCCUGUGAGUAAAAAUGGACUUAUCAUAAAAUACAGUUCUAAAGAAAGGUAUAUGCUCAUAUACAGAGUAUCCAUUGAUUUGAUGGGAACUAGGUAUAACUUCAGAAGUAUUUGGCAAAUAAUUCACUAAUCCAUGUAAAUAUUCAAAAACUUGUUUGAUCUUCCACUUUAUUUCAAGGGAUCAUUUUUCAUUACACUUUUGUAGCACUUUUCUAGUCAAUUCUAUAACACAGAGAUUCCUUAUUGGAAUCAUUUUAUGUUACCAAUAAUAAAAUAUAUUCUAGGCUUUUAUAACAUUUAACAUGUUGAUGGAAAUAGAUUAUAUCUGCUAGAGUCUUUUGCCUUAACUAUUCACUAAUUAUGCUAAUGUUCAUAAAUAUGGAUUGACUAUUUACAAACAUAUUAGAAUCUUGUCUUGGUUCCAUUUUGACAGCUAAUAUUUGUUAUCCUAAUUAAGACUUUAUUUCUAAUGUUAUCAUUCUUUGAAAAUAUUGACUAAAACUGGGUCCUCAGAAAUUCCAGGUAGAGCUGAUUUACCUGUGACUGAGGGGAAAAAUAAUCAAAUUUUACUGAUAAUAGUAAUGCUCCAAAAUGAAUGGACACAUCUGUUCAAUAAAUAAAGAGCUUAAAUAUACAAAACAUAAGAAAUAUGUGAGCAACAAAAUUUGCUGGUCUUCACUUUUGAAUAGCUAUUCAAGAAAAGAUUUUAAAGGUAAUGUUAUACAUAAUGUCAUCACAGUAAGCUCGUGUUUAAAAUUUCCUUUUAUGUAUAAUUAGGUUUAUGUUUCAUGUCUUUUAAAAACCUUAUAAAAGAUUUAAUUUUCACAUCUAUUCUUCAACAUGGAAACAUUAAAUAUUGUUGGUUGUAAAGUA